CUCUUCCAUCUUCAACCUAUCUUCUUCGCACUUCCUUCAUAUCUUCUAUGAUAGUGAACUCACCAUGUCUGCUCUACAGAGUCUCCGUUCGACUUAUCGUCUAAACUCUGGCCAUGAGAUCCCCAUCCUUGGAUACGGGGUCUAUCUAAUCCCGGCAUCCCAAACAGAGAAAGCUGUUCUCGAAGCACUCAAAAUCGGUUACCGCCAUGUCGACUCUGCUAUCAUGUAUCGCAACGAGAAGGCCUGUGGGCGCGCCAUCGCAAAUUCCUGUCUUCCCCGGUCGGAGAUCUUCUUCACGACCAAGAUUCCCCCAGGAUCGAUGGGAUACGAUCGUACUAAGCGAGCUAUCGACUCAAGUCUGCGUGAAGCACAGCAGGAAUAUUUCGAUCUAAUCCUGCUACAUGCUCCCUACGGCGGAAAAGAAGCCCGUCUCGGCUCGUGGAAGGCCCUUGUGGAAGCACAGGAAGCCGGCAAGACCCGAUCCAUUGGGGUGUCGAACUAUGGAAUCCACCACCUCGACGAGCUGGAAGAGUACAUCAAGUCCGGGGGAGGGGGACAGAUCGAUGUCGGCCAGUAUGAGCUGCACCCGUGGCUGGACCGAUCGGAGAUUGCAGAGUGGUUGCAGAAACGCAAUAUCGUGGUGCAGGCCUACUCCCCCUUGGCGCAUGGGACGCGCAUGGGCGAACGUGUGUUGAAGGAGCUGGGAAAGAAGUAUGGCAAGUCGCCGGCACAGAUCAUGAUCCGCUGGGGGCUACAAAAGGGAUUUGUGCCUCUGCCCAAAUCGGUGACGCCCAGUCGGAUUCAAGAAAAUGCGGAGGUGUUUGAUUUCGCAUUGACAGAGGAGGAGAUGAAGUUAUUGCACACAGGCGAAUACUCGCCCACGGAUUGGGAUCCCACCGUGGACUACGACUAGAUGUAGACCAGUUAGUAUGUAAUGAAACCGGAGUGUACAGAGUAAACUCAGGGUUAUGAAUGGAUAAAGGCUGUGGAUGGAUAAGCACAAG